AUGGAUACUAGCGUCGUUUCAGGACAUGUUGCGCAUCAUUUCUUCUUCACCAAGAUUCCUCACUACAAUCUUCUUGAUGCCACUGAAGCAAUUAAAAAGGUUUACUUUUACAAAGUGUUGGAGCCGUUAAAGGGCACACCAUAUGGCUACAAGUCGGAGACCAACUACGAUUUCUUCUUUAGAUACCUUUGGUCAAACGUAAAGCUUGACUAUCUUAUCAACAAAAGCAAAGGAGUUCUCCAAUAUCGAAUCGGAGUUGAGAAAGCCACCAAAAAGGCCUGA